GAAUAAUUGGAUUCAUGGGACGUGGAUGCGAUUCCAUUUACAUUCAUGCGCAUCAUAUCACAUCGCACUAUAAAAUCAAAUCACAUGCCUUGCUUGUCUCGCCAUACAUACACAUACAUACACAUCCACCGACCAUGAUCACCGUGGGCAAAAUCCACAAUUCAUAAACCUUCUCCGCUUUCCUCAGAAUAUUGCGUAACCACACCGUCAUGAACUUUUUCAAGUCCGUCUUCUCCGACGAACCCGAAUCACCGCCGCCUGGAUCGCCGCUACCCGAAUCGUCGCCAACUGAAUCGGAAGGCCCCGAUCCACCGCAGAGCAACGCCGUGUGGAGCUUCGGCGACCUCAUCCAAACCCUCGCCUCCAAAUCGGAGUCCGUCCUCGAGAACUACCGUCGCGAUUUCGAGGAAUUCGGCUCGGGGCUCAGGAAGGAGACGGCGGUGAUACGCGAAGCUGCCUCGCGUGCCGUGAAGGACCUUCCGACGUCGCUCGACGUUGGCGCAGCGGUGGCGCAGGAGUCGCUCGAGUCCGUUGGCCAAGCCAUUGACGACAUCGGCAGCACCGUUUGGAAUUCGACGGCGCAGAUUAUCUCUCACGGUAGGGACUCGUUUUUAGCCUCUGAUUCCGAUUCAUUCGAUUCGAUUAAUUACGACAGUAAUAAUAGCAAUGCUGGCAAGAAACUGUUGAGUGUUGGUAGUAGUGAUCGGGGUUUGGAUUUGAAACGGUAUAGAAGGUUUGAUAAUCUGGUGCAGGCGCUUCAGUGUGAUGUGAAUAGCUAUUUGGAGGAUCCUGAGGAUUUAGAGAAAUUCAGUGACUGGAAAUUAGGGUUUGAGUUGGACAAGAAGGAGGAGGAGAUUAGGGAUUUGUUUGAAGAGAGUGGGGCUGUUGAGGAGAUUUAUGAGAAGGUUGUACCUAGUAAGACUGAUCACGAGAGUUUCUGGAGCAGAUAUUUUUAUAGGCUUCAUAAGCUGAAGCAAGCCGAGUAUGCGAGAGCUAAGCUCGUGAAGAGUGCAAUUUCCGGAAAUGAGGAAGAGGAUUUGAGGUGGGAUUUUGAUGAUGAAGACGAAGAUGAAGAUGGCAAUAAUGGGUAUGAGCCUUUACGUAAUACCAGUAGGGUUUCAUUGGCGAAAGAGGGAAACUCUGCUGAUGUUGGUGGUGCUGACACUGUUCAGUCUAGUAAGAAGGAUUUAGAGAUAGAAGAAGAGGAUGAUGGGAAGGGUGUUGAGAAUAUUCAAGCUGAGAAGAAGGCUUUGAAUAUAGAGGAAGAGGACGGUGGGAAGGGUGUUUCUCCUGAAUCCAAAACUGGUGUUGAUGAUAAAUUGGAGGAGGGGAAAUAUAAAGAAAAAGUUGCAUCUAGUUUUCCUGAACAUGAAAGUGGCAGUGGGGACAACUUGGAUGCCAAAUGCGAAGAGAAAGAGCCAUCCGAAGGUAAGGCAGAUAAUGAUAACAGUGGAUCGUGCAAAGACAGUGAUAUUUCAGUUGUUUCAAGCCAGCUUUCAAUGCCUGGAGAAGAAGAGAUUGGCUGGGAUGAAAUUGAGGAUAUUGAAAGCAAUGAUGAGAAUAAAGGGGAUGCUGUUGGGUCCGCAAGUAGGAUUCAUUUGCAGAAGAGGUUGAGUGUGAUAGAGCAAGAUGAGGAGGAUCUUAGUUGGGACAUUGAAGAUGAAGAGGAGGCAGUCAAAUCAUAAGCAGAUUCUGGAUUCGGGAAUUCAGAUCAUUAGUUGCUUUAAUUUUAAACUCAGAUUGCAUAUCAAGUGCAUAAUUCUUUUCUUAUAGCUUUACAAUGUAAAUAAAUUGUUUUUAUGUCUUACACCAGUUGUAAGUUCUUGUGGGUUCGUCAUCCUCUUUGAGGAAGGUUCUUGCACCAUAUUCGGUGCAUAUUUUUAAGGGAAGGCUUGUUCAGUUAUUUUCUGUUCCCAUUUUACAAGGAUAACAUAAUCGGCU